GCACACGUCAUUUGUAAUUCUUUGGCAUGCCAUUUGAGAAAAUUUUGAACUACACAAUUUCAGCCUUUACUUACUACAGUAUUUUUUUCUCUCUCUUUUUUCCCUAAAAAAUCACUCAAUUUUCUUUAGUAAUAAUUGUUGAUAAAAAUGUCGUCUUUUUAGUAAUAAUUUCUGGGUUUUGUAUCAAAAUUUGGUAGAAAUGGAAGAAUCAUCAGCUGAAAAAAUGAGCUCAGAAACAACAAUAAUCUCCCCUGAUCAUCAAACCAACCCUCUUUCCUCUACUGUCGUCUCAGAGACCAUAGUUACGUCUACGUGCCUAUCGAUAGAGAGCCAGGACACAACAUGCUCCCUGGAUAAAUUAAUUGCAAGCUUGUGUAAGGAGGUAGAAGACAAAGAUGCAAGAAUAAUGGAAGUAGAGCAGAAGUAUAACCAAACUUGUGAAUCUCUUUCCAAGUUCAUCACCAGCCUCGUUAAAGAGAUCGAGGACCAAGUCAAGAGGAUGAAGGAAUUGAAGGUGGAGAACGAGAAGAAAGAUGCAGCUUGUAAAUCAAUUUCAAGAGCACUUGUUAGCUUCAUGAAUGAGGUUGAUAGAAAAAACCAGCAAAUUACUGACCUGAAGCACACUUGUAGUGAGAUGUAUAGUGAUAUUAGAACGCUGGUGGAGGAAAGAGCUUUAUUGCACAGAUUAAACAUCCGAGCGGAAAAUGAGCUGCAGAGCAUAAGUCGAAGAAACAAAAGGCUGAAAUCAGAAUUGAUAACUGUCAAGAAAGAGCUUACUAGACAGUUGGUGCAAAGCGUGGGUGGACCUCAAAGCAAUGAAGGGCAAAGUCGUUCAAUGCAAGGGACAGGUUGUUCAAAUAUUGAUAUUAAUGCUCUAAAGAAAGAAUUGGAGGAUAAAACAGAUGAAGUGCUUUACUUGCAAAACCUCAACCAAAUUCUUAUACUCAAGGAGCGCGAAAGCAACAAUGAGCUCCUGGAGGCUCAGCAAGAACUGUUAAGUGGUCUGCAUUCAAUACUGAGUAAUCGAACAAUGCUUGGGAUUAAAAGAAUGGGAGAACUAGACACAAAACCAUUCCUUGAAGCGUGUGCUGAUAAGUUUCCAAAAGAAGAACAGGGGAUUAAGUGUGCUGAAGUAUGCUCAAUUUGGGAAGAUCAUCUGAAAGAUUCAAAAUGGCACCCUUUCAAGCACGAUAUCAUAAAUGGGAAUCUGCAGGCCAUCAUUGAUGAGAGUGAUGAGAAGCUGGAAGAGUUGAGAAAAGAAUGGGGUGAGAAAGCAUACAAAACAGUGGCUACUGCUUUGAUGGAACUGAACGAGUACAACCCCAGUGGGAGGUAUCCAGUUCCGAAAAUUUGGAACAUCAGAGAGGAAAGGGAAGUGAGUCUGAAGGAGGUAAUAGGGUACAUAAUCCAGCAGCUUAAAACUCACAAACGCAAACGAAGGUAAAGCUAAGCAACCAAGGGUAUAUCGAGUGCUUAACUUGUUAUGACCUUGCUAAUACACUCAGCUCUUGUAGGUAGCUAGGCUUUACGAUUCAUAAAACAGUAAAUAUAGCUAGCAACUGAUGUUACUUAGCUGCUGAAAUUCUGUAUAGAUGAAAGUUGGAAGGAAGAAAUAUGUAGUAAUGUAGGAGUAAUCUGUAUGAAUUUGCUUUAGCAUUCAAAGUACUGAAAGUAGUAAACCUUUAGCUCUUCUCUACUGCAAAGUGCAAACCAUUAGUGCUUAUAAUUCAAUGCUCUAGUCCUGCAACAGAUCACUUCGUAUGAUUACCAGCAGAAGAGACUCAUUCUUUAUUUCAUGAUUCAUAAUUUUAUUAAUGAUAGUUGCAUUUUAGCUUCAUUUCAAAAAAAAAAAAAAAUACGAAUUUGAAUCAAAUAUGGUUUACGUAGUAUUAGUUAUAUAGAUGGAUAGAUUGUACCAUACUAAUAUAAACAAAACAAAACAGCAUUCCGAUGGUCUCAAAUCUCAAUUAAUUUUAGUUGUCUCAAGUCUUAAUUUGAAUCAAGUUGUGUUUAGAUGGUACCAAAUUAAUACUUCGUAUAACAAAGAAUUAUAUUGGUACUAAGUUACCAACAAAGAUGACUAUUUGACGUUAAGAUGGUACCAUCUAAGCACAAUUUAAUAUCAAUAACUCAAUAAGCAUUACUCCGUAUUAUACUUAACGAGAAUAAUCACUCUGUAUUUCGUAAAUAAGUUAUUAUAGGUUGAGAAAUGCUCUCGACAAGACGAUUAUGAGAGUCGCCAUUGUGACUUGUGAGUGGGAUUGUCACUUGUGUCAAAAAAAAAAAAAAAAAAAAAAAAAAAAAAAAAAAAAAAAAAUGGCCCAAA